AUUGGACUCUGUGCGACCCACCCUACGUACCACUUGCUCCCGCUCACUCCGCGUUUUGCUAGUCUGUCAUGUCCUACUUCCUGCCGCAUCUUCCCUCUGGCUGGCACGUUGACGAGGCGAUCAAGUCUGAGGAGGACCGCGUGGUUGUGCUCCGCUUCGGCCAUGACUGGGACUCGCAGUGCAUGACAAUGGACGAGACGCUCUACGGCGUCGCGGAGAAGGUGCAGAACUUUGCUGUGAUCUACCUCGUCGACAUCACGGAGGUGCCGGACUUCAACAAGAUGUACGAGUUGUACGAUCCGUGCACGGUCAUGUUCUUCUACCGGAAUAAACAUAUCAUGAUUGAUUUGGGAACUGGUAACAACAACAAAAUUAACUGGGCAAUGGAUAACAAGCAGGAGCUUAUUGAUAUCAUCGAAACUGUGUACCGCGGUGCAGCCAAGGGCCGCGGUCUCGUCGUUUCUCCCAAGGAUUACUCGACCCGUUACCGCUACUAGAUGGAUGCCCGAUCAUGUGUAUGUGCCUCUGCUAUCUGUACUUCUAGACUCGCUAUACCUCCUGUAUAAACUCACUACGUGCAUGAUGACAACCUCGCAAACACUCUAACUUGCGGUUUUCAAGAUACAUGGUCGCGCGCAAGCUUUUGAGCCAUCUCUUCAUUCGCGUCCCUUGCGAUCUCAGCAGUGGUCUCUCCAGCAGCC